GUUUGACCAAAUCAGUUCUCAAACAAUAUCAGUACUCGCAACAACACUGUACAAUAUACAAUUUUACAACAUUUUUAAUGCUGUGAGCGGAUAAUCAAGAACUUUAUAAAUUAUGGCUACAAGAAUAAAAGUAAUGGGUCUGUGCCCAUAUUGUAAUCGUCAUGUGGCCAAGGACUUAAGACCUAUCAACAUGCUGUCCGCACAGGAUGCCAAAAGGAUUUCUAGACUAUUAAACGAUGUGCAGCCGCCACUUCACUUGGAAUCCGAGGAGGAGAUGCAAGAUCAGGAGGAAAAAGUACUAGGUAAUAUAACCAGAAAAGAGCGAGUUUCCAAGAUAAGUGGAAGGAACAUUUCUGUAAAGAAGUUAAAAGCCAAGAAAACUAUAAAAGCUCCACUCUCCCAGAGUAAAUCGAAGAUAGAUACCAGGAGCAAAAAAUCAAUGCUUACGAAGAGGAAGAAAGAAAUUUUAAAGAUGUAUACACCUAAAAAAAUCGAAUCAAAAAAACCAACGCGAAUGUCAAACAGAAAGAGCCGUAUUCAAGACGCUUUAGAUUGCGAGAAGAAAAUGGAAGAAGAUUCUUGCCCACAGGAGAAUUUAAAAAAAGAAACAAGUUCACCAGAAAACGCGGAAGAAAGUUCCUGCAUCCCGAAGGAAUUGAAUAAAAGUCAUAGUGUACUGGAGGAAUCGGUUACAGAUAAUGAUCCCUGCGCCCAGGAGGAGCUUAAUGAAAGUUACGAUUCACAGGAUAAAUUGGAAGAAAAUGAUGACCCGAAGGGAUCUGCGAAGGAGGAUAAUCUAGAAAGUUUAGACGCGAUCACUGGAUGUGUAUUGGGGUUGGUAGAGAAGGAGUUUGAGCGUGAUCCGGACUGCAGUGAAUCAUCCGAGACUUUGGAGGGAAAUGCCGAGGUCAUUGUGGCCAUGCUGAACGAGGAGCAGGAUAUGAUGCAGAAGAUUAGAAAGCGGUCCUCGCAGUGUUCUUCGAGGGAGAGCGAUGAGCCGCCUGCUAAGAAGCGCAAAUGUUAGUGCGAGACCAAUGUAGUUAUAUUUUGUUGCCUUUUCAAAAUCAACAGUCAUACCGUUUGGGCGCCCACGUGCUGACCUUUUUACACCAUCCACCACUCGGCACAAUAAACCUUCCCUUUUGAGCA